GGAAGAGAGAUAACUAAAACAUUUAAAGACUGGGCAGCUUGCCUCUAACAAACACCCCGUUUUUUUCUCUAAAUUACAGACUUGCUGUAAUGAGGCAUAAAUUAAUAUAAGGGCAGCCCAUGCACUAAGCUCCCGCUAUGCGCGGGGUCGGGGGUCUUGUACGCAGCCUUAUCCUACAUUUCUGCAAGAGGCUGUUUCCACGGCUUGAAACCGAUCACAUCUAAAAUUCAAUAAAGCAACUAAACCAGUACAAACAAUUAAGAUAUAUUGUCCUUAUUAUUCCAAAUUUUUCAAAAAGGGCGUGAUCAAAUAAAGAGGCAGUUAUCAAUUUCAGCAUGGAGAAAUUUACAAAUACUAUAAUUCUCUUAUUCAGCAAUAUGAGGCAGAUGGUUCCCCCUAAUUUCAGCUCUUCUUGUGCAUGUACUUGUGGACAUUGUGAUACAUAGUUACCAGUCGGCAUGAACAACCAAGACAGUCCAAAAAACUAUCUGCAAACCAAUCUCAAAUAUCUUUUUCACUGCAUUGUUGCAAAUCACCUAUCAGUUAAAUUGCUAAAAGAAGUUUAAAAACUGCUGGGAACUUUUCUAGCCAGGAAAGCCAAGAGAAGCAUCCACGACGAUCAAAUAAAUACUUUUAAAAAGUAAAGACGCACUUAAGCAGGUGUAAACCCCCAAAAUAAAGUCAAUCUAGUUUGCAUCAAUUAACAUCGACAGAAAUUUAGUGACCUAACAAAAGGGGUUUAGAGAGAGGAGAGAGAACGUCCACGGGUGUAUGUUAAGAACGGCCCGCUAACGUGCACCACCACCAUGGCUCGCCAGAAACGGAGAGCCCCUCAGGUCUAUACCCCAACCAUUACUACAAAAAUUCCUGAUCCAAAACCCACUCAGAUCCAAAGUCCUACCCAGGAGACAGAGGAGAGAGAUACACAAACAGAAUCUUCACAUGAACAAAUUCAAGGGUCGAACCCUAAAGUUCAGCUAACGGUGGAAUCGGCCCCAAAACCAGACUCCGACAAAUUGAUGAGGCAAAUCACUCCAGCUUCAGGGGUAAAGCAAAACCUAGCCCCAAUACAGUUGGCUAGCUGGUUACCAGGGAGCUCGAGUCAGAUGGAGAAAAGGGAAAACCAGCAAGCUAAGAACGGAGAAGAAGGACAUGUCCAACCUGCCCGGAAAUUGACCUUUGCGACAGAGACACAUGCAAUGCCAACAAUGGCAGAGGUGGUGAAGAAUAAUCGGACACAAACUCAAGGUAUGAAACUCAAUUUCUAUCCUCCGGUGAUAAAAGAUGGGAUCAAGGUUAUGCAAUUGAAUCACCAGGAAAUAGAUAAACAGAAGCAGAAAUGGCAAUGCGCGCUUAUUGGGUAUGUAAUCGGAGGAACCCCAAAAUUCAAGGAAAUGCUUCAAUUUGUGUAUGGGGUCUGGCAUUCUGUGAAAACACCUAGGGUUUUCCUACAUGAUGAUGGGUACUAUAUCUUUAAGUUUGAAUCUGAGGAGGACAAAGCCUGCAUAAUGCAAAAUGGGCCUUACACUUUUAGGAAGUGGCCAAUGAUUCUGAAACAGUGGAGUCCAAAAUUUCAGUUGCACAAGGAACCAAUGCGUGUAUUACCAAUAUGGGUAUGCUUCUCUGGGUUGCCACUCCUAUAUUGGUCUGAGGAAAAUCUAGGAAGAAUUGCUAGCUUCCUAGGCAAACCUAUGUGCACUGAUAUUUUAACAGCUAAAGGUGAAAGAAUAUCAUAUGAAGAGUAUUAAUUGAGAUGGAUAUCACCCAAA